AUGCUGAAGAAUCCACGCUGCCACAUAAUAGUGAUUUUAGUAAUUCUUCUCAUGGCUAAAUGGGCCUCCUCGAAAUUUGAGUUCACCAACGUCCAGUGCACAUCGUUCGACAAAAGUUUCGACGAUUUUGAAUAUUGCUACAUAAGGUCUGCAAAUCGGAGCUAUAAGUACUUAACCCUAAAGGUGAACCUAUUCAAAACGCCACGAUUUAACGGCUACAGACCCUUCAUGUUCAACAUAACAUUGGAUGCGUGUAGAUUUUUAAGAAACACUGAUUCGAACCCAAUAGGAAAAUACUUUUACGAAUUCUUUAAUUCCUACUCGAAUAUUAAUCACUGCCCCUUCAAUAACGAUCUGAUUGUCGAUAAGAUUCCCAUAGACUUUGUUAACCACAGAGUUACGAAGGUUCUACCCUUUCCUGAAGGUGAUUAUCUACUGGAAACUCAUUGGAUUGCCUAUGACAUCGAUCGGGCGAUGGUCAAGAUAUAUUGUACUAUAUCCUAG